GGUUAAAUAACCACUAAAGAGAAAUUUUAGUGGCCAAUAUCACGUCAUUGUGUUAUCAUUUUAUGAUAAAACAUUGAUAUAGCCUCACAUUUUACAUUGUUAAAUUUGUGUUAUCACAGAUUAUCACUGUCAACAUCAAAUAAACACGGUUACAGUCCAUGUAAAUAUUGACUAAUAUGUAGUUAACAAUAAAAUAUGUAAAAUUAUAUAUGUACAUAUGCUAUUGUGAACGAAUAUAUCGAUAUAUCUUUUACGGACUAUUGUUAUUUUAAGGCUCUUCUAAGAAUUGGGAUAUAAUGAAAUCUGAAAAGGUUUAGAUUUUUGAAAAACAUCUGAUUAUGUAGCGGAUAUUUGCCAUAAAUAAUUGAAAAGUUUAUUUAGGUCAUUAAAUUUUAGAUGAAUUUAAUACACAACAACGGCAUAAAUGGAGUAAAUAUGAGGAUACUUGGAUUUCAGAUUUCUGUUCUGCUGUCUAUUAUCAAUGGUGUACAGCUAAAACAAGUGUGUGAUACAUUUCUCAAAGUUCCAGACGAUAGCAAACGAGCCUAUAAAUACGGUGACAGUGUGAAUUUUAGCUGUGAAGUCAACACAACGUCUAUCAGUCAAAAUAUCUCGACCUUUCAUCUUUUGCAUUUAGGAAGUCAAAUUAAGUUUCCAAUAACUAACGUAUCGGGAAACGUUGGUUUCGCAAAUGUCAAGGUCGUUUCCAGGGAUACGGGCGGGAACUACAGUUGUCGCUAUGGCAACUGCACGAUGGACACUUUACUUUCCUUGUCUUUUGUGAAAGUUGACAAGUGUAGCUUUCCGGCACAAAAUAAAACCAAAGUCCCGACAAUAGAUUGUAAAGUAAACGAUUUAUUUAACAUGACUUGUAGCUGGACGUCCUUGACCGAUGAUGGUUGUACGAUGUGGAAAGCCAUGUAUAAGUCAGAGGAAAUGGACAAAUACAAGUGUUGCUCAGCAGACGGCAGUGGAAAUUGCACGUCAUCAAGUAGCAGACGACAUUGUAACAUACCGGAUACAGAUUUCAAUAGAUUCGUCCCAUUCAACAUAACGCUCAUAGAAAAGUCGGAACAAUGGACAAAUGAAUAUAACUAUACUGUGGUAGGAAGUGACAAAAUAUCAAGCGUUGAUAUUUACCCGGGUGUGAGAAUUGAGCCUGGACUCGACGCACACACCCUUGUGGUCGGGUUCACCCUCCACCAUCCUCCGUCGACAGUGGGCGGAAUGGUUUGUCACGUGAUAUACUUAUCGGAAUGGAAGCUUCAAAAUGAUUCGAAAAUCACACUGGACACGAAUCAUUUUGAUCUCGACGUUAAUAUUUCGCUUCACCAUCUCAUUCCUUUCACUCGUUACACCGUGAAUAUUAUCUGCAAGCCAGUAACCAGCCAUUACUGGAGCAAUCUGGUCACGGGUUUGGGCAGGACGAGACCCGCAGAUCAACCAGUGCUUGUUGUCGAGAAGACCAAGGGCAACAUACAACUUUCGCUGUACUCUAAAUAUGACGAUAACUAUGAAAUUUCAACGUAUUACUACUGUCAAGGCACACCAAAUACAUAUCCACCCAUCUGCAAAACCUAA